UUGGCUACACCUCCAGAGCUGCACAGGAUCAACACCGAGACGGGGGCUGGUGCGGGAGGAGCCGGUGCUGCCCUGCUGCCAUGAGCACAGUUCUCCAGGCUGACACCGACGCCGUCACCGCUGUCACUUCCUGGUGGCUGUGAGCGUCCCGCGGGGACAAGGCGAACGCCAGCGCAGGACCUGCAGGAAGCGUGGCUGUGGCCAUCCGGCGUGUCUACAUGCUGCCCGGGGUCGGCGGGGGCUUGGAGAUGAGGCUGAUCCUGGCCGGGAAGGCUGGUGGGGGGAAAAGCGCCACAGGGAACACCCUCAUCGGGGAACGUGUCUUUGAGUCCAAGCUGUCCACCAAGCCAGUGACCGUGAGCUGUGCAAAAGCACAAGGGCACUGGGACGGCGAGGACUUCACGGUGGUUGACACGGCCGACAUUUUCAACCCAAGUGAUGCCAGUGAUGAGGUGCACCAAGAAAUUAUCCGCUGCAUCAGGCUGUCCUCCCCGGGCCCCCAUGCGCUGCUGCUGGUGACCCAGCUGGGCCGAUUCACCCAGGAGGACGAGGAGGCCGCAGAGAGACUGCAGGACAUCUUUGGAGCUGAUGUUUUGGGGCACACGAUCGUCAUAUUCACCCGCGCAGAAGAGCUGGUGGGGGGGUCGCUGCACAACUACGUGAAGUAUUCCAAAAACAGGGCUCUCCAUGAGCUGAUCCAGAGGUGCGGGAACAGGUACUGCGGCUUCAACAACCGGGCAGCUGGAGCCGAACGGGACCAGCAGGUCGCGGAGCUGAUGGGGAUGGUCCGCUGCAUGGUGCGGGUGAAUGGGGACAGGUACUACAGCAAUGAGAUGUACCUGGAGCCCAAUUUAACAGAAGAGAAGGUGGAGUAUCACAUGGGGAGGUACAGAGCAGGCAGGAAAAGUAGUGAGUUUCUCACUUACUCUUACAGGAGAGAUAUUGUGAUUUGUGGGAUGAUUCUCCUUGCCAUUGCGGUGGUUUUCAUUAUUUUUCUUAUUUGGUGGGAGCGAUGAAUCCCAGCACCACAGAACCACUGAACGCCUGGGGCUGGAGGCACCUCUGCACACCGCUCCAGCUGCCCAGGACCGUGUCCAUUGGGUGUUGGACAUCUCCAGGGAUGGAGACCCCAGCGCCGCUCUGGGCAGCCUGUGCCAGCACUCAGACACCCGCACAGCAAAAAAAGACUUUCCUGAUGUCUCACCAUGCGUCCUUGUGCUUCCAGCAGUGCCCAUGCCCCUGUGUCCUGGCUCUGGGCACCCCACCAGGUGUUCGCACACACAGACGGGACCCCCGAGCCCCCUUCCCCGGGCUGAGCAGCCCCAGCUCCCAGGCUCUGCCCGUCUUGCAGAUGCCUCCAUGUCCCGGUGCAAUGGAACCAACUGUCCCUUGGAAAAGAAGAGGAAUUGUCUAUGUUUAAUUGAGCAUCCCUUUAAUCAGUUAUCAUAUAUGUAGUACAGGACAAAAAAUAUGUUUAUCUUUUAACCUAGGCUCCCUUUGAUCAGCGACAAAAUGCUCCUUCUGGAAGAAACAAAGGAAAGUUGCCAAUAGCAAGUAGCCUUAGGUUGUGCUUAGGUGACGUGACCAUUUUGAGAAACCAAGUUGUGUUUUUGCAAUAGAAGUUGUUUUUGCAGUGGAAUAUCCACUAACCUUGCAUAUUCAAAAGUGAUCGUGCAGGCAUGACAGUAGCGUAGCACUAGUUAAGCAGAUAAGGGGAAGGUCCCACUGUCCCGACAUAAGAAGGAUAGCUAAGAAGAACAGGAUGAGCAGUACGAAAUAAGUAAAAACAAGAAUCACGGGCCCUCUAGUCACGAGAGAAGAAGGAAAAAAAGGAAAGGGAGAAAUUAAUGGCUGGUCAAAUAAAAUUGUACCUAUAUGGUAUAGAAGUGCGUCAAGUAGGUUGUGAACCUGCAGUACUCAGCCAGUGAGGAAACGGGAGAAAUCAGGUGUCGGGUAAUAGGGGAUAUAGGGUUAUGAUAAACUUGUACUGUGCGCUCCUGCUUGCACGAUGUGAGAAACUAAGUAGUGUUUUUGCAGUAGAGAAUUACUUUUUUGUAUUCCAAGGUAGUUGUGUAGUCAUGAUAAGGAGAAAUGCUAAGUAGGUAAGUGGACAGUAGAAGGCCUCACUGUUUCAAAAUAAGGUGGAAGCUUGAGAAAAACAGGAUGAGCAGUGUGGGAACAGUAAAACAAAGAUCACAGGUUCUCAAAACGUAAGAAAGAAAAAAAAAAGGAAAAGGGAGAAAUUAAAGGGUUGAAAAAAAAGAAAAAUUGUACACAUAUGGUAUAGAGGAGCGUCGAGUAGCUUGUGAACCUGUAGUACUCAGCCAGUGAGGAAACAGGGGAGGUGAUCAGGCGUCGGGUAAUAGGGAAUAAAAGGUUAUGAUUUGUUUACUAAAAUGCGCUCCUGAUCGACAGGACGCCCGCCAUUGCAAUCGUGAAUAAAAUAGCUUCAUAGAAGGUCCUGUCUCAAGAAAAUUAUUUGAGAUUUUUCUCACAAGGAUGCCCACCAUUGCAAUCACAAAUAAAAUAGCUUCAUAGAAGGUCCCGUCUAAGAAAACUGUUGAGAUUUUUUCUUACACCAUCUAUAGAUAAAAGGAGUUAGGGUACUUCAUCAGGGAACACCACCAAGGACCCCCAAAGAAAGGAAGGCAUGCGCAGAAGGGCCUGAAAAGGAGCCAUUACAAAUGAUGCCACAUGAGUACAAACUCAUGUGGAUUAGAAUGAAUAUGUAUUAGAUAACUAGAAUAGUCAUGAAUUUAAUGUCUACAUGUAGCAAGGAAGUCGACAUUGGGCGUGCUUGGUCUGUGGAAAAUGCACCGAGCUCUGAGGCUUGAAUAAAAGCAAUCUGUCUCC